CGCCAGCCCUCGGCCGCGUCGGCCGCUUGGUGCAUCCGGGCUCGCGCGGCGCCGCCGCAGCCGGCCCUGCCCCCUCCCCGCGGAGCGCCGAGUCGCGCGGUCGCCCCCCGGCGGGUGGCUGAGCCCGGGCCCGCGCCCCUGCCCGGCCUGCGCUCGGAGCCGCGCGGCCCCGCGGACUGGAACCUUGUCCCCGCGCUCGGCCCGGCCCGGCCCGGCCCGGCCCGCCGGGGAGAUGAGCUUCUUCGGCUUCGGGCAAAGCGUGGAGGUGGAGAUCCUGCUGAGCGAUGCGGAGAGCAGGAAGCGGGCCGAGCACAAGACGGAGGACGGCAAGAAGGAGAAAUAUUUCCUCUUCUACGACGGGGAGACGGUGUCCGGGAAGGUGAGCCUGGCGCUCAAGAACCCCAACAAGCGUCUGGAGCACCAGGGCAUCAAGGUCGAGUUCAUCGGGCAGAUCGAGCUCUACUAUGACCGCGGAAACCACCAUGAGUUUGUGUCGCUGGUGAAGGACUUGGCCCGGCCCGGGGAGAUCACCCAGUCCCAGACCUUCGACUUCGAGUUCACCCAUGUGGAGAAGCCGUACGAGUCCUACACAGGCCAGAAUGUGAAGCUGCGGUAUUUUCUUCGGGCCACCAUCAGCCGCCGCCUCAAUGACGUGGUCAAGGAGAUGGACAUUGUGGUGCACACACUCAGCACGUACCCGGAGCUGAACUCCUCCAUCAAGAUGGAGGUGGGCAUCGAGGACUGUCUGCACAUCGAGUUUGAGUACAACAAGUCCAAAUACCACUUGAAGGACGUCAUUGUGGGGAAGAUCUACUUCCUGCUGGUGAGAAUCAAAAUCAAGCACAUGGAGAUUGACAUCAUCAAGCGGGAGACCACGGGCACUGGCCCCAAUGUGUACCACGAGAAUGACACUAUAGCCAAGUACGAGAUCAUGGACGGGGCGCCCGUGCGAGGUGAGUCUAUCCCCAUCCGGCUCUUCCUGGCGGGCUACGAGCUCACUCCCACCAUGCGGGACAUCAACAAGAAGUUCUCGGUGCGCUACUACCUCAACCUGGUGCUGAUCGACGAGGAGGAGCGGCGCUACUUCAAGCAGCAGGAAGUGGUGUUAUGGCGGAAGGGGGACAUCGUUCGGAAGAGCAUGUCCCACCAGGCGGCCAUCGCCUCCCAGCGCUUCGAGGGCACGAGCUCCCUGGGCGAGGUGCGGACCCCCGGGCAGCUGCCCGACGCCAACAGCAGGCAGUAGGCCCCUCUGGGCCCAGCACCCCAUCGUCUGCCAAGCACCAGCGGCCUGGGCUAGGGGGCCGGUCACUUGAACCUGAAAACAAAUCAUGUUUUUGCCGUCAAUUCUUUUCUCUGGAGAACGGAGGGGCCCUGGAGAGGGAGAAUCCCGGAAGAUGGUCUCUGAGAGGGUCUUCCCCGGGGGCUCCCUCCCGGCUCCUCAGGGAGCAGAACAGGCGUCCUCGGCCCCUGAGCUUCCUGCUGCAGGAUUGGGCUGUGCUGGUCCUCGCCACCUCGGUAGGCCUGCCCUGCCGACGGGCGAUGGGAGAGUCGCGGUCGGGAAGCUACCUCCGGGGAGCCUCGAGCACAGUGCUCCGAGGCCUUCCAGCUGCCUCCAGCCUCGGCCUCCGGCUCCUGAGUGAUGACCCGGAGAGACGUGACGUGCGAGGGCCCCGGGCUGAUUGUCCCUGGCCCCAUGAGCACGUCUGGGUACUGGGUGAUCAGGGACAGUGUCACAUCACACACUCUCCAGCCACCAGGUGGGACAAGUGGAGCCGGUGCUGGGACCUGGGGUCACUUGGCUUCCUGGUGUCCGUCCUGCUCCCUCCCUGGUCUCCGCGGACUCCCUGGGAGCCAGGGCUUGAUUUAAGACUGGGCAACGCUGCCAAGAUAAGGAGGGUAUUGGGGGCCUUGGGACACCGCAGGUCCCCACAGAACACCUUGCCGAGCCCCAGCGUCUGCUAGGACAGAGAUGGAAACCAGAGGUCCACACAUGUGCCUGGGGCCCACUUGGGCCCAGCAGUCAGGGUGUUGGCAUCCUGGCCACUUGACUGUGAAGGACCAGGAAUCAUUCUCUCGCGGGGCUGCCCUCCCACGGGCUGUCAAAUGGUCUGUGUGAAAGAGUGGCAAAGGUCCAGCCCCAGGGCUUUGCCCUCCCUCGGACCCCCUUCCCCUUGUUGUGGAGCAGGUCCACAUCAGCUGGCCCGGGCCCCUGCCAGCAGCACACAGAUGCCCGGGAGGCAGGUUCUCUGUUCUUGGCCUUUUGUGCGCAUGAGCUGGGCUGAGGGUCCUACCCCCACCCGCAGGACUGCUAAGCAGAAGCAGGUGGCUGCCCGUCCCACUUCCCCCAACUGACAACUCAUUCCCUGACCCUCUGUCCCGUCACGAGCUGCACCCGGCCAGGUCUUCGACUCUCUCCUCCUCUGGUCCUGGUCAGUGUGGAAGUGGGGAGCGCCGGUCCCGGGUUCCAGGCCCCAGGCCAAGCAGCUGCCCUGUUUACAUGUUUCCUAAUGUGUUGUCUUUCCAAUGGCUGUAUUUAAAAAAAAAACAAAAAGGAGCCGUUGUUUCACUUGUCUCUGAUUAAAGGAAGCUCGUGACUUGGA